UUUCCUCCCACGAAAGCAACUGUACCAUGUUGGCCGCACUCAACUCAUGCCCCUCAUCUGGAGCAACAUCGUCCUCAACGGUGUUCACUCAAGCGUCCAGAAGCCCCUGCAAGUCACAUCGCACAAGCUCAAACUGAAAACGCUAAGGCAGCUGCUCACUCCACGUCCCUCGAGACCAGACGCCCUCCAAUGGUGGAUCAACAAAGUUGGCUACGUGCCCUUCGAAUCACUGGCCAACUCCAUCAGAACCAGUCUAGUCACAUCCAAGCAAGCCUCCCUGCUCUGGCGCAUUGCACACCGCACCAACCGACUGGGCGCCGACUGGCUGGAAACAGAUGGUCAAGCCCUGCGCGCCGGCUCGCUCUCCCGCGAAGAGUACGACGACAGAAUUGCCACUGGGCGCUACGACUGCGCGCACUGCAAACACGACGGCCGCUCGGCCAAAGAGACCUGGCACCACAUCCUUGUCCGCUGCCACACAGCCCAAGCGGUUUGGGAAACCGCGAACGCCAUCUUCCAGCACGCUCACUCAAGUUCCCUCCCAAUGUUCGACAAAGCCCUCCUGUUCGGUCCCUUCCCCACCACGCUUGCGCGUAAAAAGGAAAUGCGAGCGCUUGCCACGAUCCUGUACCACCUCGGACGCUGGGCGAUCUGGCGCACCCGCUGCGAAGCAAAAAUCAACAACACAUUCACACCCAGCCACACCACCUUCAUCAAACUCGUCCACUCCCGCGCCCUGCAGGACAUUGUGCCGCGAGCCCCGCCUGCUGACUCUCCCACGUCGAAGAUGUGGGGAAAGUGCAUUGUCAGGUCAGAAGAGAAGACCACCAUUUCACUUCUACCUCCGAAACCCGGUGAGCAUGAGCAAACCGAGUCACCAAGCGGCGCCCGUAUGACCAGGACGCCGGCACCAAACUUGCAUCCGCAAGAAUAA